GUGACCUGCACCUCUCACAUACUAUGGGAUCUCCAAACACCGUAGGGCCACGCAAAUAGAUAAUUUUCCUGAUCGCGCCUUCCCAAAGAGUCCGCUUCUAGCGCGCUUACCCUUAGUUUCAAGUGCGUUUGCCCUCUAGCUUUCCUAUCAGCAGGAAAGGAAUUGCGAAAUCAACGUCCGGAAGAAUAUUAGCUGUUCAUUCACUUCGCAAGUUCAGAAGUGACCAGCAAAGAUGGAGGUAUUUCAGGUCCUUGGAAACACCCUCUGGGUCUGUCUCUUCCAAGUUUCUACGGCUCUUCAUGGAAUCCUCCCAUACUCAGUCCGAGAACGCUUGUUGAGCGCUUUGGGCAUUGUGACGUAUGUCUCCUUGAUACCUUCUGCGCCUCCUAGCUUUCCGAGUUCUGGUAAUGAGAUUUUUUUACCCAUCGGCAAUGGGUACUUAGGUGCGAUGUUACCUGGUGGUACUAGCCAAGAGGUCACGCAACUCAACAUCGAGUCCCUGUGGUCGGGAGGUCCCUUCCAGGAUACCUCGUACAAUGGGGGCAAUCACUUGCCUUCCCAGCAGUCCAAAAUAGCCGAGAAAAUGCAAAACAUUCGCGAAGCUAUUUUUUCUAGUCCUACAGGGACAAUUGACAACAUCGACGAGAUUAUGACACCUGGUGACACAUAUGGUUCAUACGCCAGCGCGGGACACUUGGUCGCAACAUUGGAUUCAACUGACUCGGUUUCGAAGUAUGCAAGGUGGUUGGACCUGGAUGAAGCGGUGUCUCGUACUACCUGGUCUGAUGGGAGCACUACUUUUCUCCGGGAAUCCUUUUGCUCCCACCCUCUUCAGGCAUGUGUACAAUACCUGAACAGCACGACUUCUCACGUCCUUCCAACUGUGACUUAUGCCUACACUGUCGCCGGGGUCGAUGGCCUCCCGGCUCCGAAUGUCACCUGCUUGGAUGACAGAACGUUGAGUAUUAGGAACUACGUCUACAUCCCCGGUAUGCUUUAUGAGAUUCUCGCACAAGCGCAGGCACCUAGCGGGUUGGUCUCGUGUUCUGCGGUAUCUGGGGCAUCCCCACCUAAUGCAACUUUGACCGUCCUUGGUGCAUCUGAGGUGUGGAUCAGCUGGGUUGGAGGAACGAACUACGACAUGGCUGCUGGAAACGCAGCUGCCAACUACUUAUUCCAAGGACCAGAUCCACACAACCAUCUUGUCACGUUGCUUUCGUCUGCUAAUCGUACAUCUUACGCGGAGAUGCUGAAUGGGCAUAUUAAAGACUAUACCUCCCUCGUUGCCCCUUUCUCACUUUCCUUGGGACAGACUCCGGAUCUCAAUACCCCUACUGAUCAAAUUCUUGCUGGAUACCGGACUUCUACUGGGGACGCUUACUUAGAAUGGGUUCUGUUCAACUAUGGAAGAUACCUCCUAGCCAGCAGCGCUAGAGGCACCCUGCCUGCAAAUUUACAGGGUUUAUGGGCUGAUGGGUAUACGAACCCUUGGAGCGCUGAUUCCAAUAUCAACAUCCAAAUGAACUAUUGGGCUGUCGAAAUGUCUAAUCUAGAUGUGACUCGGUCACUUUUUGACUAUAUUGAGAAUACGUGGGGACCCCGCGGGGCGUACACCGCUCAGGUUCUGUAUAACAUUAGCGAAGGAUUUGUGACACACGGUGAAAUGAAUAUCUUCGGCCAUACUGGUAUGAAGCUUGGCGGGAACUCUGCUCAGUGGGCCAAUUAUCCAGGAUGGCCGCUAGUCAAGGUGAUCUACUAUGGGACUUUUGGAAGCCACGUUCAGCUGAAUUUCGCACAGUCUGUUGCCAGCUUUCAUCUAGAGAAGCUCAUCGAGGACUUGCACUUCAACGAUUCAACUCUUGUUACCGCACCUUGCAAUUCACCAGAGCAGGUCCCUAUUACUCUCGGCUGUGCACACGCUCAGCAGCUGAUCUGGCAGCUCUUCAAUACAAUCGAGAACGGUUUCGAGGCAGCUGGUGAUACAGACACUGCAUUUCUAGAUGCGGUUAUUUCCAAACGGCAGCAGAUGGACAAAGGGCUGCGUAUCGGACGGUGGGGUCAACUGCAAGAGUGGAAAGUCGACAUGGAUUUGCCAGAUGACACUCACAGGCAUCUUAGUCAUCUGAUUGGCUUAUACCCUGGUUAUGCGAUAGCAUCUUAUUCCCAUGAGUUGCAAGGCGGUCUUAUUGUCAACGGGACCUUCAUGCAUUAUACCAAAGAACAAAUUUUGAACGCUGCGGAAACCAGUCUGUUCCAUAGAGGCAUUGGAAAGGGCCCCGAUGCGGAUGCAGGAUGGGAGAAAGUGUGGAGAGCUGCGGCGUGGGCGCAGCUUGCCAACGCAACUGAAUUCUACAAAGAACUUACUCACACCAUCGAGAGCAAUUUUGCGCCCAACCUCUUUUCCCUGUACACGUCUGAUGGAAUCUUCCAGAUCGAUGCAAAUUUGGGAUAUCCUGCUGCUGUUUUGAAUGCACUGUUACAAGCCCCUGACAUUGCGAACAUCAACAUUCCACUCCAGGUUACGCUCCUACCUGCUCUUCCUCUCACGUGGUCGAAUGGCGAAAUGAAGGGCGCGCGCAUACGUGGGGGGAUAACUCUCGACUUCGCGUGGAAUGAUGGCAGGCCAACGACAGCAACCUUUACCGUCGAUCAAAACGUUGCAGGUAGGGAGAGAGAUGUGAUAGUGAAUUAUGGUGGGCGGGUUGUAGCACAAUUUAGGAGCAAUGGGGGAUACAGCCAAACCGUUUCUUCAUUUUAAGAUCGUCAAUCUGAACAGAGGACGAAUUUUGGAUGUUCUUGUAAUCAUGUACUAUUACUUAGUAUCUCUGGCCUGGUGUUGCAAAAAAUUUCGACCUGU